CUCCCUCUCUCCUCUCGCGCGUGCGCGCGUGUGCUUCACGGUGCUCCUAGACGGAGGGCUGGGGGUGAGGGGAUAAUUCUAGAGAUGAGGAGCCGGAGCAACUCGGGAGUCCGUUUGGACGGCUACGCCCGGCUAGUCCAGCAGACCAUUCUGUGUUAUCAGAGUCCAGUAACAGGACUGCUAUCAGCCAGCCAUGAACAAAAAGAUGCCUGGGUUAGAGACAACAUCUACAGCAUCCUGGCAGUGUGGGGUCUUGGAAUGGCAUAUCGGAAAAAUGCAGAUCGGGAUGAAGAUAAGGCCAAAGCAUAUGAAUUAGAACAGAAUGUUGUGAAACUGAUGAGGGGUCUCCUUCAAUGUAUGAUGAGGCAGGUGGAUAAAGUUGAGAAGUUUAAGAAUACUCAGAGUACCAAGGACAGCUUACAUGCCAAAUACAGUACUGCCACCUGUGGCACUGUGGUUGGUGAUGACCAGUGGGGACAUUUACAAGUUGAUGCUACUUCCUUAUUUUUAUUAUUUCUAGCACAGAUGACUGCUUCAGGCUUACGUAUUAUUUUUACCCUUGAUGAGGUGGCCUUCAUACAGAAUCUUGUUUUCUACAUUGAGGCUGCAUAUAAAGUUGCUGAUUAUGGAAUGUGGGAACGGGGAGAUAAGACGAACCAGGGCAUACCUGAACUGAAUGCAAGCUCUGUAGGAAUGGCCAAAGCAGCACUGGAAGCAAUCGAUGAAUUAGACCUAUUUGGAGCCCAUGGAGGACGGAAAUCAGUGAUUCACGUUCUUCCUGAUGAGGUAGAGCAUUGCCAGUCAAUUCUGUUAUCAAUGCUGCCAAGGGCAUCCACAUCUAAAGAGAUUGAUGCUGGACUUCUUUCCAUUAUCUCUUAUCCUGCAUUUGCGGUGGAAGAUGUGAAUAUCGUGAAUGAGACUAAAAAUGAAAUCAUCGCCAAACUCCAGGGACGUUAUGGAUGCUGCCGAUUCCUUCGAGAUGGCUAUAAAACCCCAAGAGAGGACCCAAAUCGAUUGCAUUAUGAUCCUGCUGAACUCAAACUCUUUGAAAAUAUAGAAUGUGAGUGGCCAGUGUUCUGGACAUAUUUCAUAAUAGAUGGCGUAUUCAGUGGUGAUGCAGUACAGGUCCAAGAGUACCAAGAAGCCUUGGAGGGAAUAUUAAUUAGAGGCAAGAAUGGAAUACAUCUAAUGCCAGAACUCUAUGCCAUUCCUCCUGGCAAGGUAGAUGAAGAAUACAAGAAUCCUCACACCGUAGAUAGAGUUCCACUUGGGAAGAUCCCUCAUUUGUGGGGUCAGUCUUUAUAUAUCCUCAGUUCCCUAUUGGCAGAGGGAUUCCUAGCCACUGGGGAAAUUGAUCCCUUAAAUAGAAGAUUUUCAACAGCAGUUAAACCUGAUGUUGUAGUACAAGUCACCAUUUUGGCAGAAUCAAAUAAAAUUAAAGAAUUGCUAAGAAAGCAUGGAUUCAGUGUGCAGAGCAUUGCUGACAUUCAGCCAAUCCGAGUACAGCCAAGCCGAAUUCUUAGCCACAUAUAUGCCAAGCUUGGUCGGAAUAAGAACAUGAAACUAAGUGGGAGACCAUAUAGACACAUUGGUGUUCUUGGAACCUCCAAACUCUAUGUGAUUAGGAAUCAGAUAUUUACUUUUACUCCUCAGUUUACUGAUCAGCACCACUUCUACUUGGCUCUAGACAAUGAGAUGAUUGUGGAGAUGCUUCGGAUUGAAUUGGCUUAUCUCUGUUCCCGAUGGAGAAUGACAGGAAGACCUACUCUCACUUUCCCUAUUACUCACACAAUGCUCACAAAUGAUGGCUCAGAUAUUGAUUCAGCAGUGCUUUCCACAAUUAGGAAACUGGAGGAUGGAUACUUUGGAGGAGCAAGAGUGAAAUUAGGGAAUCUUUCAGAAUUCCUUACUACAUCAUUCUAUACGGAUUUGACCUUUCUGGAUCCAGAUGGUGAUGAAAAGUUAUUUGAUGACCCAAGUGAUGGAAGCUACAGUCCUGAUAGUGAAUAUGAUCUAGAUGGAUAUUCAGAAGAUAUAUAUAAUCAAGAAAGCCAAGAUGAGUUUGACCAGUAUAUCAAUCAUCUGUUACAAAGCACAGCGCUUAAAUGUUACCUUCCUACACUUUCUAAGACUGUUGAAGACCGCCAUAUUUUCAGUGCCAUUCAUUCUACACGAGAUAUACUUUCUAUGAUGGCCAAGAAAAAGGGUUUGGAAAUUCCUUGUGUUUCUAUGUCCUUACCAACUAAGGGCCUAAGUGCUCAUCGGAAAUCAUUGAACCUUGUAGAUUCUCCACAGCCUCUCCUAGUUAAGUCUUCAGAAACUGAUGUCCAUUGGCCCAAAGAUGCCCAUGGCAAUCUAGACUGUGAGAAGCUGGUGGAGCAGCUAAAGGAAUGCUCUAAUCUGCAGGACCAGGCAGAUAUAUUAUACAUUCUGUAUAUUCUAAAGGGCCCUGAUUGGGAUACCAAUCUCUCUGGUCAGCAUGGUGUCACAGUCCACAAUCUUCUUAAUGAGCUCUACCGAAAAGCAGGCUUGAACAAAGAAUGGGGUCUGAUUCGUUACAUUUCAGGUCUGCUGAAGAAGAAAGUAGAAGUCCUUGCAGAGGCAUGUACAGACCUGCUGUCCCACCAAAAGCAGCUCACAGUAGGUCUCCCACCAGAGCCCCGAGAGAGGACCAUCUCUGCCCCUCUUCCCCCUGAAGAAUUGACCCAACUUAUCUAUGAAGCCAGUGGGCAGGAUAUCAGCAUUGCAGUCCUUACACAGGAAAUUGUGGUUUACUUGGCGAUGUAUGUCAGGUCCCAACCCAGUCUCUUUGUGGAGAUGCUCAGGCUCCGAAUUGGUCUUAUCAUUCAGGUGAUGGCAACUGAGCUGGCCCGGAGUUUGAAUUGCUCAGGAGAAGAAGCUUCUGAAAGUUUGAUGAACCUUAGUCCUUUUGAUAUGAAAAAUCUCUUGCACCAUAUUCUAAGUGGGAAAGAGUUUGGUGUUGAAAGAAGCAUGCGGCCUAUUCACUCCUCUGCAUCUAGCCCAGCUAUCUCAAUUCAUGAGGUGGGCCAUACUGGAGUCACCAAAACAGAAAGGAGUGGUAUUAAUAGGUUAAGAAACGAGAUGAAACAGUUAUUUUCUGUGGGCCAUUCCAUGUCCAGCAGCAUUCACUCUUCCAAAUCCAUGAGAUGCAGUACUCCUUCACCCACAGGGACAGUGUCAUCUUCUGUAACCUUUGUAUCCCCUGAAAAUUUGACAAGCAUGCCGUAAGCAUGAAUAAUAGGCAUAAAUCAACAUUUCUUAAGUGUUUACAAUGAACCAAGCACAGUGGAGCUGCAUAUAUAAAGAAUAAGACAAUGCUCAUUCCAAGGGAACUUAUAUUUUAUUAGGGGUGAAAACAAGUAUAAGUGUAUUUAUAUUAACUUUAUAUUUGUACUGUGUGUAAAUAUACAUGUGUAUAUAUGUGUAUAUGCAUACAUAUUUUAUAUAUACAUGUUCCCUUGAUAAAAUUUGGCUUUAUUGAAAAAUACUUCUGGUUUGUAGAAUCUCUGCCCUUCUUUCUUAAAUCAAGUUAACAUUUGUUCUCCUCCAGGUCUACAUCACCUUUCCCAUUUUUUAUGACAGAUAGCUAAGAGCUCAGCAAAUACAUCUGCCAGUUCUUUAGGUGCUCUUUGAUGUUUAUCUGAGCUAGGUGUUUUGGAACGUAUUAGGACAGAAGAUCUUUUAGCAUCUCCUUAAUUUUUCUUAUGUUUUCACUUCCUCUGAACAAUUUUUUGUUUUGGCUUUGGAAGAGUAAACAUAAGCAAAAUAAAUUAAAUAGUUUUGUUCUUUUUCCAUUAUGUAUUGUGAUCCUAUCUACCCUCAAAUAAGAUCAGUAGUGAUCUCAGCUUUGUGAAUCUGAAAGCACUAUUUAAGUCUUAUUAUUAUACUAUAUUAUAUUAUUAAAAUCCUGCAUAAUCAUCUUUUCCUUUUCCUGAUCCUCUUUCUGUCAGUAUUGUCUUUUCAUUCUUUUUCAUUCUUUGAUGUUGACUGAUUUUGAGCUUUAGUCUCAGCUUCUAGUCUUUUCCUGGCAUUUUAUAUUUUAUAUUUUCUUCUCUUCUAUCAUAUAUGUGGCAUUAUUUAAUCUGAUUUAAGUCUUUUUCAAUAGCUUUCUUCUUUUUUCAGCUUUGGAAUUUUUGUUUAUAUUCUCAGAAUCUCAAUCUCUUUGGGCUUCAGUUGUCUUAUUUUUAAAAUGGGAUGAUAAUAUGUGGGAUACUUCUUUCACAAGGUUUGGGACCAAAAUGGCUUAAUGCAUGUAUUAGUACUAUGUUAUACUUUAAGCACUUCAUAAAUGUAAACUGUUAUGAUGAAGAUGCAUUAUCCUGGGUGUCCCAGAAACUUGUACUAUCUAUCCUACCUUUAGGUACAAGUUUUAUCAAAUAAUUUUUAAUCAUUCAUUCUGGACAUAGAUGAUAAAGAAGGCAUGAGAAGAACAGUAAGUUUUGUUUUUUGUUUUUAGUAAAUUGUUUUUAGAACAUUUCUAACUGGUGUGUUAGGAAGCUUAUUGUGAGCCAUUUCUGAUGUUCCUUCUUUAAAUCUAAGCAGCCAAGUUGUCUGAUCACCUUUAGCUCUGCUGUGGGCUUAAAAGAGAAUAUUUUCUCUGUAGAACACAGAAGAGAAGGAGAAUAGAAAGAUCUCAUUCCAUAGCCCUUCGCACUGUACUUCAGAUUGACAUAAAAGUUUGGUUUUUUUACUGCUAAAAGGAAGACAUGUGUUCUCUUUAGCUUUCUUAGUGUAAAAUCUUUUAAAUCUACCAGGAACUAACUGUAUAACACUUAUUUUUCCCCUAUUUUUUUUUCCAUUUCACAAUAGAAAUUAAAAAAAAAAAAGUCAUAGCAAUAGCAUGCCAGGAUUUCCACAGCCCAUGGGGGCUAUUUUUGUUUUAUAGUGAAGUCCAAGAUCUCUGCCCACUCCCCAAAAUUAAACUCCUGGCACCCAUAUAGGAGAGUAACCUUGCUUUAAAAAAAAAAAAAUCCCUCUGCUCUUGAAGAUAGAGAAUAAGAGAUAAGAACUUUGAUUCUCUGGCUGUAGAGAACUCCCAGAUGGGGAAAGAUGUAAAAUAUCCCUCACUUUUCUUGUGUGUUCUGGGGGACUCAGUGGUGGACAUAUGAUCAGCAAAGUGUUCCUACAGUGCCAGUCUCCAACAAAGUGUGAUGGCCAUUAUAACUGAUUUCAGGAAUUUAAAAUUGAAGCCUAAGAAAGAGUAGGACCAUUGUACCCUUAGAGCAACCUGUCUAUGCCUUAAAUAAUGAACAUUUCCAUCUGGAUUUUCACUGGCUUGGUAAAAGAUUCUUUCCUUAAGAAGCAAUUUUUUGUUAAUUCAGGGCUUGAUAUUUAUAUACACAGCAUCUGUGCACAUACCAGUUCUUUGUGAGAUUCGUGCUCAUUUUAGAAAUCUCAAAAAUAGAUGAUUACAAAUGCACAGAAUCAUCACCAUCACCGAGGAUGAAAAUCUCCUUUUGUAUGGCAACCAAGGGGAGCCACUCAGGCCUGUCAGUCAUCUGUUAUAAGUUAGAUUGUGAGCUUCCAUAAAAGAACAAUUACCUGCUCCCUGGGGGACAUUUGUUUUUGUGAGAAAUGAAAGAUGCUUCUUGGUCCAUUGAGAACUCUUCCAUCAAGAUGAUAGCUAUAAGUAAUGAGAAUAUUCCUCCCUUAAAAAUCCUCUGUUAUACUUAACACAUCUUAUAAGUUUUAUAGGUAGUAAAGAAAAAAAAAAGUGAGUCUAUGCCUUGUGUGUGUGUGU